AUCAGUGUAUAUAUUCAUCUAUAAAGACUCAAUUUUAAAAAAAAAAUUAUUUGCAGAAAAUUUAAAUGUUUAGUGAAAAUUUAAAUGCUUAGUGGAUUUUCAAGAAUGAGGAUCCAAUGUAGUAUUGAUGGGAAAAUGUUCAGUUCUUUACCCCCUUUAACUCCUAUUUCACUCCCAUCUCCAAAGGAGAUACAUCUUUGGUAUGUGAUACCCAAUCAGGUUAAGGGUGAAUCCCUUUUGAACAAAUAUAUGGAAAUUCUAUCACCAUGUGAGAUUGAAAAAGUUAUGAGUUUUCAAAGAGAUGAGUUGAGGAAAAGUGCUUUGCUUGCUCGUGCGCUUGUCAGAACUACCAUUGCUAGAUAUCAGAUAAAUUCUUCAGUGACACCCAAAUCCCUCAAGUUUAGGAAUAAUGUUCAUGGGAAACCAGAGGUCGAUUGGUCGUGCAGUUACAAUUGGGAGCCGCCUUCUUUGCAUUUCAACAUCUCGCAUACGUCAUCUCUGAUAGCCUGUGGUGUGACAAUAAAUUCUCCUAUUGGUGUGGAUGUGGAGGAAAAACAAAGAACAACAAAGCACAACAUAUUGGCUUUAGCUAGAAGAUACUUCUCCAAACAUGAACUUGAAGUGUUGACUGCUAUUAGAGAUCCCUAUAUCCAGAACCAGGAGUUUAUAAAGUUAUGGACGCUAAAGGAGGCAUAUGUAAAAGCACUUGGGAAGGGUUUCUCGGGUGCACCUUUCAAGACAUUUACUAUUCGUGCUACCGGAGAACACUUUGAUCUGUCUCAGAUUUCAAGUGCUGAGGCAUGUGAAAUAGUUGUGGAUUCUCUUUAUAACGCCGAUGACAAUACAAGCAAUUGGCAGUUCAUGCUCCUGGAACUGGCUGGUUCUCAUUAUGCUGCCAUUUGCACAGAAAAGGAUGUCAAAUCCAAAGGUAAUUGGAAUAAUCCUAUGAAGUUGACAGUGUGGAACACAAUCCCAUUUGUUGAAGACGCACGUGUUUCUGGCUAAGUGGCUAAUUUAACAGACAAAUGAAGACCAUUUGGCUGACUGGGUAAUUUAUUGGAUGAAAUAAUGGUCAAAAACACACCUAAACUAUCAUUCCCUUUGUAUUAAAACACACCUCUAUGUUGAGUUGGCUAAAUAUUUGAAAUCAAUCGAUAACAGGCGUGUGGAGGCCAACUCAGCAACGAGGUGUGUUUUAAUACAAAGGGAGUGAUAAUUUAGGUAUGAAACUUGCGAAAAAGGUAAUAGUUUAGGUGUGCUUCUGACCAUUAACUCUUUUGGAUCCCAACAAUUUAUGCUGGAAAAAACAGAUUGUUAAUGCAAGCAUUCUCAAUAUUCUUGACCAUUUCUUGUGUAUCAUUGGGCCAACAACUAAAUAGUUAGUUUCAGUUUCAGUUUUCUUUUGUGGAUAGCAGACACUUGUGUAAUGUGGUAUCACUGGUAUUUACUACUAUUGUUUCAGUUUGCACUGAUUGUAGGCA